AUGGCUGAGAAAUACGGCCCUGUCUUCGCCUUACGCAUUGGUAUGACACCAGCCCUUGUCGUGAGCAACUGGGAAUCGGUUAAAGAUUGCUUUACCAUCAGUGACAAAGCCCUUUCCUCACGCCCUGAAUCAGUUUUUGCUGAAACUCUUUGUUUUGGCAAUGCAUCUUUUGGUUUUGCACCGUACGGUCCCUAUUGGCGCGAGAUGCGAAAGAUAGUUUUUCUUGACUUACUUUCAACUCGGGGGCUUGAGAAAGUCAGGCAUAUCCGAGUCUCAGAGGUCGAUAAUACCAUGAAAGAACUGUUCUCAAUUUUCAGUAAGGCCAACAAUGUUGGUGGGAAAAGUAGUACAAGAAGUCCAGCCAAAGUGGAAUUGAGGAAGCUGUUCGAGAAAUUCACAUUGAAUCUUAUUGUGAAGAAAGUUUCUGGGAUGAGAUACAGUGAAACUGAGGUUGGCACAAAUAAAGAUGCUCAAUUCCAGAAAGUUUUUAAGGCACUUGUACACUAUGCCGGGCAAUUUGUUUUGUCCGAUAUGAUUCCAAUUCCAUUUUUGAAAUGGCUUGAUAUAGGAGGGCACAUUAAGUCCAUGAAGGGGUUCGCGAAAGAGCUUGACGCUGUUGUUCAGGAUUUGUGGGAUGAGCAUACUCAGCGAAGGAUGAAUAGUGAGACAAUAGAUGAGAAAGGCUUCAUAGAUGUGUUGCUUUCAAAAAUCCAAAGCGAGUCUGUGUUUGGAUACUCGAGGGAGACUGCGAUCAAGGCCACAAUCAUGACUCUGAUCGUAGGAGGGUUUGAAAGCACAUCAACACACUUAACAUGGCUCAUGUCCCUGUUACUAAACCAUCCACAUGUCAUGAAGAAAGCGCAGGAAGAGAUAGAUAGACAUGUUGGUAAAGACAGAUGGGUAGAAGAAUCAGAUAUCAAGAGUUUGGCCUACAUUCAAGCUAUUUCGAAAGAAACACUCCGCCUAUAUCCACCACCUAUAUCCGUGCCACGCCGAGCCAUCGAAGAUUGUACCGUUGGCGGAUACCUCAUUCCUAAAAAUACUUUAUUGUUGGUGAACGUGUGGAAACUGCAUCGCGACCCAAGAGUUUGGUCGGAACCAGAUAAGUUUUUACCAGAGAGAUUCUUGAAUAGUUGCAAUGGUCCCCGAAAGAUGCAUGACGAUGGCUAUAGCCUCGAUUAUGCCUUCACCCCUUUUGGCUCUGGAAGACGAUCAUGUCCAGGAAUGCUAAUGGCAACACAGGUGAUAUACUUGAUCGUUGCCCGACUGCUGCAGGGUUUUGAAUUCACAACCCCAUCAAACUUACCAGUGGACAUGACUGAAGGUUUGGGUACGCGCUUGUGCAAGACUACUCCACUGGAGGUGCUCAUCAAGCCACGCCUGCCUAAUCAUGCACUUUAUGAAUAA